AUGAAGUCUCCACUAUCCUUCGCUCAUCUGCUUCUCGUCGGCAGCCUGCUUGUCAGCCUAACGCUCGCCGAACGGCCAUCGCAUGUGCUCAAGGUGCGCCGCAGUGGCUACAUCAAUGAGCCCUCUGCUGCCCUGGCACGCUCCAAUGAUGCUGCUGCCGCUGCCGCCUUCGAGUUGGCCGGAGAUCAGGAUAAACUGAGCGUGGUGCCAGCUGGUGCUUCAGCCGCUGCUGCUGCAGGUGCAGCUGGUUCAGUGGGCGCUGCCAACGGUGGAAACAACAAGAAAGAUGCAUCCAGUGGCCGUCUCUUUCUGAAGAAGUUCCUCAUGUUCAAGAACAUGUUCGGCAGCAGCAGUCAACCGGUGAUCCCCAUCAUUAUCACAAAUCCUGGCACAACCUCCACAGCGCCCACAUCACCCACUGUCACAGUGACCUCAACUGGCACGAUACCAACGGCAACGGGCACAAUCACAGCCACACCCACAUCCCCGACGAGCACUUCACCCACCAGUCCCACCUCCACAUCGACCGCUCGUCAGUAUGGCGCUGAUGAUCAGGACGAUGAGCUGGCCAACGAUGAUGGCGCUGACGAUGGCAGCGAUGGCGCCGCCGCUGGUGGCAUUGCGAUGGCUGCCAACGCUGAGCUCCUCGAUGAGCAGGCCAUGCAGGCGGCUUUGGCGGCCGGUGCCCAGGAGUACGAGGUGUUCACCAACGGCGAUCAGGCGGACGAGAGCAAGGCCAGCCAGAGCAAUCGCAUCAAUUUGCGUCGCAAGGGCGGACGUCGCGGUCAGGGACAGAUGCUCAGUGUGCGCAUUCCGCCACGCUAUCGUCGCUACUUCAAGAACGGCCAGAAGGUGAUGCUCAACACAAAGAGCCGACCCAACAAGCGUCGUGUGGUGAGGAAGCGUGUCCAGAACAAGAACAAGCGCAUCAACAAUCGUCGUCGCGGUGGCAAGAACAAGAACAAGAAGGGCAAGGGCAAGGGCAAGAAUAAGAACAAGAACAAGCGUACACGCAUUCCAGUUGCCUAA